AUGGCGACACCACAGCACAACCUUCCGCAUUCGGUUGCGUCAAGCUCCAGGAGGAGUCGACGAUCUCUCAAUGAUUCCCAACGUACAAAGAUUGAGGAUCAUCUACCUGGAUACCCACGUUUUGCGGCUCUUCUCAGCCUCCAUCCAUCCUUUCAAGUUUUUCGCAACUUCCCGAAUCUGCGCGCCCGUCUAUUGCUAAGCAAGCAGGAUGAGCUAGUACGGUCAGAGGAACGGCUCUCAAGGCUCGAUUCCGAUUCGACAUUCGCCUUCUUUCGCGGUAGCUUAAGGGAAGAUAGAAACGGCGAGCGCACACAGUUAAUGGCACAGAUUGAACGUAGCUUGGCAGAAUAUGAUUUAACCUUAGACCGAGUGGAGAAGUCGCUGCAAAGACAUGCGGUCCGAGAACGAGAUGCAGAGAAUGUCCAGAAUUGGAUACAAACCACAGGACAAAUCCCAAGGAGCGAGGCUGCCUACCUUUGGCAGGAGGAUCUUGUAGCUGUCGGACCAAUAGACAAAGACUCUACAAACCCCACUCUUCAGGAUUUGGUGGAGGAUAGUCUCAUUUGGAUAUCGAAGUGGGCAAAAAGGACCCUGCACCACCAAGGCGUCUCCCGAGACUCUCGUAUUCAUAUUUUCUCGGCGACUGUAUUGGGAAAUGUCUCCAGGUUCAUGAUCACACUACUCCUCCUUUUCAUGCUUUAUAUACCUGUGGUAAUUUCGGUUUUCAUCGUGAAUACUACGGCAAGGAUUUGUGUCGCUAUGAUUGCUUGCUUGAUAUUCGUCCUAGCUCUCUCUGUGGUAGCGAAUGCGAAGACGUCUGAGCUAUUCGUUGCGGGAGCCACAUAUUCAGCAAUGCUCGUCGCCUUUCUAACUGGGUCCAAAUAA